UAUAGAGGUCUCAGAAUGAAGAGGCUCUUGAGCAACCAAGGAAUAAACUUUCUUUCUGAUUCAGUGUACCUCAAUAGAUACAUUACAAAAAGAAAGUUAUCAUCCUCUUAUGGUGGAUCUUCCACUAGCUUGUAUGGAAGGGAUGGUACCGUCUCAUCUGGUGUUGUUAAUGAAAACCUGGGAGAAGAAGAGGGCUCAAAAUCACGAGUAGAUGCAGUUUGCGGCAUUCUGAUGAGUGGUCCUUGGGGAUCGACACUGGAAGAUGCUCUAUCUAAGCUGGAUGCAAGCCCUCAUCCUGAAUGUGUUAUCAGAGUCCUGAAGAGAUUGAAUGAUGCAAAUUUAGCAAUAAACUUUUUUCGAUGGGCAGAGAGAAAAACCAACCAAGUACACAAUUUAGAUGCAUACAGUUCUCUUCUCAUGAUAAUGGUCAGAAACAAAAAGUUUGAUGAAUUAGGACAGAUUCUUCAGGAAAUGAGUCUUGCUGGAUGUGAACCAUCAAAUAACACAUAUGUGGAAUUAGUUACAACUUGUGUCAAGUCUCGGAUGCUGGUGGAAGCUUUCAAUCUCAUUCAUACUAUGCGGAAGUUCAAAUUCCGUCCUGCAUUUUCAGCAUACACAACUUUGAUUGGUGCUCUUGCAGAGGGUCACAAACCUGAUCUUGCACUUGCCCUAUUUCAUCAGAUGCAAGAGUUAGGCUAUGAAGUGAAUGUGCAUCUGUUUACUACUCUUGUUCGCGUAUUUGCUAGGGAAGGCCGAGUCGACAUGGCUCUCACCUUAUUGGAUGAGAUGAAGAGUAACUCUUUUGAUGCAGAUAUUGUUCUCUACAAUGUCUGCAUAGAUUGCUUUGGAAAAGUUGGUAAGUUGGAUAUGGCCUGGAAAUUCUUCCAUGAGAUGAAAGCUCAAGGCCUUGUGCCAGAUGAUGUAACUUAUACUAGCAUGAUAGGGGUUCUUUGCAAAGCGAAUAGACUGGGUGAAGCUGAAGAGCUAUUUGAGAAGAUGGAACUUAAUAGGAAUGUUCCGUGUGCAUAUGCUUAUAAUACAAUGAUCAUGGGCUAUGGUUCUGCUGGAAAGUUUGUUGAAGCUUACAGAUUACUUGAACGGCAAAAAGAGAAAGGUUGCAUUCCUAGUGUGGUUGCAUAUAAUUCCAUCCUUACUUGCCUUGGGAAGAAGGGGAGAGAGGAUGAGGCUUCUAGAAUGUUUGAGGAGAUGAAGAGAGAUGCAGUGCCAAAUCUUUCGACUUAUAACAUUCUCAUAGACAUGCUUUGUAAGGAAGGAAAACUUGAGGGUGCUUUUAAGAUUCGUGAUGCGAUGGAAGAAGCUGGUUUGUAUCCUAAUGUGUUGACUGUGAAUAUAAUGGUUGAUCGGCUGUGCAAGGCUCAAAAGCUGGAAGAAGCUUGGAGUAUCUUUGAAGGCAUGCAACGAAAGGGCUGCACCCCGGAUGCUGUUACAUUCUGCUCCUUGAUAGAUGGUCUGGGCAAAAAUGGCAGGGUGGAUGAUGCUUAUCGGUUGUUCGAGAGGAUGUUGGAUGUCGGUGAGGUUCCAAAUGUUGUUGUCUACACCUCCCUUAUCAGAAACUUCUUUAAGUCUGGCAGGAAGGAAGAUGGACACAAGAUCUACAAAGAAAUGGUCAGUAGAGGUUGUUAUCCUGAUCUAACCCUUCUUAAUACAUACAUGGAUUGUGUUUUCAAGGCUGGUGAAACUGAAAAGGGGCGGGCUUUGUUUGAGAAAAUUAGGACCCGGGGGUUUAUUCCUGAUGCACGGAGCUAUUCUAUUCUCAUUCAUGGACUUGUAAAAGCUGGUCAUGCACGAGAGACCUAUGAAUUGUUUUAUGCAAUGAAAGAACAAGGUUGUGUUUUUGAUACUCGUGCUUACAAUGUUAUCAUUGAUGGAUUCUGCAAGUCUGGUAAAGUCAACAAAGCAUACCAGCUGCUGGAGGAAAUGAAGGCAAAGGGUCAUCCACCCACUGUUUUUACAUAUGGAUCAGUCAUCGAUGGGCUUGCCAAAAUUGAUAGGCUUGAUGAGGCAUACAUGCUCUUUGAAGAAGCAAAAUCAAAAGGACUAGAGUUAAAUGUUGUUGUAUAUAGCAGCCUUAUUGAUGGGUUUGGAAAGGUGGGCAGAAUUGACGAAGCUUAUCUGAUCAUGGAAGAGUUGAUGCAAAAGGGCUUGACACCCAAUGUGUACACGUGGAACUGCCUGCUCGAUGCCUUGGUUAAAGCGGAAGAAAUAAAUGAAGCCCUUAUCUGCUUUCAGUCAAUGAAAGACUUGAAAUGCAACCCUAACAUCAUCACUUAUAGCAUUCUCAUAAAUGGUCUUUGUCGGGUUCAGAAUUUCAACAAGGCCUUCGUUUUUUGGCAAGAGAUGCAGAAAAAAGGGUUAAACCCUAAUUUGAUCACCUACACGUCCAUGAUCUCAGGGCUUGCAAAGGCAGGUAACAUAGCAGGGGCUAAUGACUUGUUUGAGAGGUUUAGGGCUAGCGGAGGUGUACCAGACUCUGCUACUUACAAUGUUUUAAUAGAAGCACUAAGUAAUGCUAGUAGGGCAGUUGAUGCAUUCACACUGUUUGAGGAAACUCGAUUAAAAGGAUUUAAUAUCUAUGCCAAAACCUGCAUUGUCUUGUUGGAUGCAUUACACAAGGCUGAAUGUCUUGAAAAAGCAGCGAUUGUUGGUGCUGUGUUGAAGGAGACAGCAAACUCCAAAUAUGCUACGAGACACUUAUAAAAUUGAGCAUAGAAAUAUUGGACUUGUUGGAGGGUGAUUAGUGUUUCUUUAUUUGGUCAGCCAACAUUAAGCAUACAUAAGAAGACUAUUUCAUCAACUUCUUGUUGAUGUAGCCUUUUAUGGGACAGAAAAUGUGCUGUUUAUACAUUGGCCUCACCUCGUCCGUCUUCCUACGCCUGGGUUAUUACUGCUCCCUGUGAAAAUAUUUGUUUUUUGAUCUGAAGUUGUGUUGAGAGAGCACAUAAUAACUACAUACCUAUUACACCUCAAAGAAUGGGAAAUUUAUGCUUAAUUUUCAUCUCUCCUCCCUUCUCCCACAGAAUAGGGGCAACUUGGCAGGCAUAAAAGAGGCCUCUGAGAUCAUUGGUGCUGCUUCGCUGUGAUCUGAUAAUCUCAUCCUUGCAGCUUUCUCCUGUGCUUGGUUACAAACCAAAUCUAGUAUUCGUUCUUGUUGCUUUAACCAAUGCCUUGCCUGAUUCGAUUUGUUGGUAAGUCCUGCAAAUCAAUGUGUUUGCGCAGUUGGAGGAGCAAAUCACAUAUACAAUGAAAUGUCUGAAUUUUGACCUUAUGAAGACCAUCUACAUGUCCAAAACAGAUUCUUCCUUUCCCUAUAACCA